GUUUGGUUGUAGUUUUCUCGUACAAGCGUAUCAUCAUUUUUAGUCCUUUUUUUUUGGUUUAUUAUUUUUUUCUAGAUGCGCUACUACGCUCGCUCGCUGCUUUUUAUCCACGAAGUAUUUUUUUAAAAUAUAAAUCGAAUAUUAGAUUUUUUUCUUACAGUAGUUAAUUAGAUGAAUUUUUUAUUGCGUAUAUUAGUCUGGACGAAUCCACACUGAAGUAGAUAGAAUAGACACCUUCUCGUCGAUAUGAAUAACGACACCUUAGUAGCCACUCCAGAGUUUGUGGGUCCUGGUGUAGGUGUAUCACCAUGUACGAUGAGUCCAGAAUGGAGUCGUGUUGGAAGGUUGCUGCUGAUGUCUGGAUUAUCAGUUCUGGGCAAUGUGGGAAAUGUUUACAUGAUCAGUGCUGUUAUAGUCGAAGAACAUUUAAGCAGAAGAGGUAAUGCUUACAUCGCGAACGUAGCUUUGGCAGAUUUACUCAUCAGCGGUAUUGUUAUAAUGGCGUCAGCUGUGGUUCUAUUGGCCGGUUUGGAGGAUUGUCUUCCAGUGUGUCAUUUACAAUGGUUUCUCGGCCUGUUGUGCGGAUUAGUGACGAUUCUGAGUUUAUUGGCGAUCGCUAUGGAGAACUACGCUCGUCUGUGUUUAUCACCCGAAUGCUAUGCCAGAAUCACGACGAACCGUAUAACCACAUCUAUAAUCUUCAUUUGGACUGUUAGCGUGGCUCUGGUCACCCUGCACUUCUUCUACAAUCUCGGUCCCGAGUACUGCAACAAGAAAGGAUUCGGUAAUAAGCCUUAUCAGUUCGUAACGGCGGCAUUUUUUUUCCUCAUACCUUUAUGUGUAACUGGAACGUUAUACGCUAAGAUUGUUUUGUGCGUUCGAGCAGCCAGAGCUCACGCUAGUUUCAAGCCGCCUCUGGCGUUCAACUGGGAUUACUCUUUGAUGCUGACGAAUAUGUAUAGUUACGUUAUGUUUAUUAUAUUUUGGGCGCCGUUCGCCAUUUUCAUGACUUUGCCGCCGAUCGAACCGCUGGGCAGGAAACCAUUUUGUUGGUCUGUAUGGUUCGCGUUGAGUAAAUCUUGUUUUAAUAAUUUACUCUAUUGUAUAUCGAAUCGACAUUUCUGCGACGCGUACGUUAAAUUGUUCCACUACUGUUGCUGUAAAACAACGGUGACAUUUUCGCGUAGACCGAGGACAGAUGGAGCUCGACCGUCGGGCGAUGUAAGGGUUCACAUUAUCCCCGGCUAUAACGUUUACCCUUAUACGAGCCCUCAACGGGGUAGCACAGGUAGCGGAGAGAAUAUGAAAAAGGCGGCUAGCAGCGGUAAAAGAGCAUUUAGAAGCGCCGGUCGUCAUCGAUCUAAGGAUCGUGACGUGUAUCAAUUGUAAAACGUGUUUGUAAAGGCCGUCAAUUAUUUCGAAUUUUUUUUUCCUCCUGUAAUCGUUCUGUUUUAUGUUUGUUUGUUUUUUUUAAAAUUUUUGUUUCGUUUUUUCAAAUACCUACUACCAUACUUUGAUAAUCGGCGACGACGAUGAUGCUAACGUCGAUAUGCUUUAUGAUGUUCGCAAGCCUAAGUGUGAAAUUGUGUUUACGUAUUUUUAAUGAUUUUUAUGUUAUAUUAUUCUGUAAUAAGUGUGUGUGUUUUUUAAUUUUUUUUUUUUUUUUUUUGUUUAAAACCGAAUUUUAGUAUGUUAAGUUUGGGAUGGCGUUUGAUUAAUUUGGAUUUCCGCGAAGCCGAGUCAUGAUGCAUUUUAUUUUAUUCAAUGUCAAAAUAACUCUAAAUCAUGAAACAGUAGGUACCUACCUAACAAAAUUUGUUUCAAUUCAGUGUUAUUGGGGGGGGGGGAAGACGCUUGAAUGGUACUGAAAAUUCUGCAGAUAUCAACACCGAUAUACCCACUUAAGUACUAUACGAGAUGUUUCAUCAUGGUUUGAGAAACAUUAUCAAAGUACCUACUACCACAGAAUUUUUCAAUUUUUGGUGAAUUUUUGAAAAUCAAAGGGCUAAAAAAGAGAAAGACAUCUCUGGAAAAAUAACUGGAUGUGAUGUGAUCUGGUCACAUCUUCCCAUCAAAUUUAGUUAGAUCACUUUUUUUUGAAAUGAGAGGAAUGAGGGGAGAGGAGAUUUAAACGAGGAAUAUGAAAGUUACCUGUUACCUGUUGGUUGGUAACGGUGGCGUAUACAGCUACAAGGCUAGAGGCACAGGUCAUGGAGAAAGGAGAGUAAGACUGAAGGGUUAUGAGCUAUUUCAGGUAGAGUUUUAGGAAGAUUGAGUGAGUCUCUUAAAUAAAUUGGUAUGAUCUUGACAGAUGAGUAAGAUGUGGGAGAUAAUGAGUUGGACUUUGCAUGUAGAGCAUAUUGGAGGGAUUCUUUUUUAAACAGAUGAGAGUGGGUGAGGAGGGUAUGGCCUGUACAUACACGGCAUAAGGCAACGGCCUGCGGUAAAUCUUGAAUGUUGGUGGUGUGACUUUGAUUGGGAAUUAACCAUGAACAUAUGGCUUCCAUCACAUCAGAUACAGGGACAGGUGUUUCUGGUAUAGGUGAAAUCCUUAGUGACAGCUUUGCUGCUAAGUCUACUGUUUCAUUUCCCAAAAUUCCUGAGUGGGCUGCAAUCCAGGCUAUGGUAACAUCCAUGUCACACUGGAGAGAUGAGAUUUCUCAGGCAAUUGGAUGUUGCUUAGAUUUUGAUUUUAGUUGAGAGAUGGAAUUUAGUAAAUCAGUGAAGAUCACAACUUUGUCGAGUCUGCUCUCAAUUGCCAUGUUUAAGUACCUAUAGCAUAUACAGUGGAACCUUGAUAACUCAAAACUCUUCAACUCAAAAACCUCUAUUAGCCGAACCAACCUUCAUUUCCCUUGAAAUCUCUGUAACACUCAGCGUUAACUUUACUAGGAUAUAAGUCAAAAUUGACUACCCAGUUGGGUGAAAAUCUACCCUUACAUGACAUGAAAACGUGGGCAGUAAUUCUGGCACUUUACACCAAUACAUAUCUGCCCAUUAAUCCGUGCAUACUUGGUUUUUCUGCCAUCAAGCGUAAAAACCUGCCAUUGCUGUUUAGUUAGUUCAUGAAAAAUUUUUGGCUUAGCUGGGGAUUGAACCUGGGUCUCCGGAUUGGAGAGCGAGAACUCUCAUACCCUAACCAUCAGGGCAGAUGAUAUCAAGAGAAUAAAUAGGUACCUACUUAUUCAUCGUGUACUAAGCUAAAACACACGCGUAAAAUACCACAUUUACACAUGUUUUUAGCGAGUAUGCGAAUACUUAAAUAUGCUAUGAAGCAUUCUCGUAGCAUUGACUUGCAGAAAUACGCCACUUAAUUUAAAAGCGUAGUGACCUUACACAACAAAAAUAUGCUACAAAAUAUUCUUGUAGUGUGUUUUUCAGCUGAAAUUUUUUUCUCGAGCGCAGAAAAUGUAGGUAACAAUCUGAAAAGUUGCUUCAAAUUACACCUGUGAAUUGGCGUUCAAGCUCUUUAAGGCAUUUUUAUCAGCAGAAGGGCAGAUUUUCACCCAACUGUGUACGCAGACCAGGCGUAUCUCGAAGCUCAAAUUUUGCCAAAAAUAGUGAGAAAGCCUCUAUAAGUCGUACGUUGUUGGGCAUUUACCUCUAUACUUGAAUAUUUCUAUCAUCUUUUAUGCACUUACAUAUCUCUCAAUUCAUUCUUUUUGUAAGACCUCUAUCACUCAAAUGCUCUCAAAAUCUAACCUGCAUAACUUGAAAACUGAUGAUCUUGAAAACCUCUAUAAGCCAAAUGAAUGACCAAGCCCCUUGGAUUUUGAGUUAUCGAGGUUCCACUGUAGUUUACAUAAAAGAAUACACUGAGAAAAAUGUAUAGUAUAAAUUACAAUAAAUUUAUAGUGAACGUGCUCCAGUAUUGGAAUUAUAGUCAAAAUUACUAUAACUAUAGUAAAUGAAAUACUAUAAUUAUAAUAAAAAAUACUAUAAUAUAGUAAAUAUUACCAUACGUAUAGUAUUUCAUUUACUAUAGUUAUAGUAAUUUUGACUAUAAUGCCCAAACUGGAGCACGUUUACUAUAUAUUAUGAUUAUUUAUACUAUUCAAAUUUUUCUCAGUGUACUGAACAAGCAUGGAAGUGGAAAUCGCAAAACCUCACAAUCACAAACGACCAAACAACCACAACGAUCCACAGAUUUCAACCCAUCAGUAUAAAAAGAAAUGAAGACGAAGAGCUCUAUUCCAAAGUGGGUUAAGUCAUUUUUAAAAAAAACAUGUUUUACGGAGAUUUUUACUUCAAAAGUGAGUUAAGUCAUUGCUUUUUCAAAGUGAUUUUUUCUACAAGCAAUUGUUCAAUGUCCAAAGAAAGGAAAGGUGCACUAACCUUUCGAAACAGAACAAAUAAUAACAAAAAUUUUAAACGCAUUUUUUGGUGCAAAAAAUAACUUGACCCACUUUGGAAUAGAGCUCUUCAAAUGAAAUCAUCAGGGGCGAAGCGUGCGUGUAAGCCAGUAAGCCGGGCUCACAUGAGAAAAAGAAAAAAAAGAAAAUAUUAUUUCAGUAGGUACAGAAAUUGUACAGAAAAUUCAAAUUUUCAAAACGCGAAAUGAUAGAAUCAAAAUUAUCUAUUAAAAUGUGGGGUUUGGGGUAGGCAACUUGUUCUGCUGGAAGCCCUAUUCGUUCGGCUUCAACCAUUUCAACUGAUUGUGAGGCUGGUUGAGUCGUUCUGACGCAUGCGCAUAUAGUCGUAAGUGGUAGUGAAGGGUGAAGGGAAAGAGUUGUCAUUAGGCGCGUUGGUGAAGCCGGCUUCAAGCUCGCUUUUUUCGCGUUUCUAAACAUUGUUGAAUUGCUCAAAUUGUUUUGUAUUUGUACCAAAAACGUUUGGGUAAAACUUUUUUUCCCAGGUUGUUUAAACAUUUUUUUUCAACACCAACAAUUUUUUUUUUAAUAUUUCGUUUUUUCUAGCUUUUUCAAAAGAAAAAAAACGUAAUUAAUUUGUCAAAAUUGAAUGAAUUAAAUUUUCUUUGCAUUCUUCAAGAUGAAUUUUGAAAAUUUUAGUUCCUAGUCUUAAUUUUCAACUUUGAAGGCCUAACUCAGCCUAAUUUUAGAUCAAAAUUCAAUGCAAAAACAAGCUGUGAAAUCAAAAAGUUUUUUGCAACACUAUUUUUAAUUUGCAAAUGUUGUUUGGUUUGGUUUAUAAUUGUUAUAAAUCGAACUAUUAUGAGUAUCAUAUUUUUAGGGGUCAUUUUUUUCAAAUAAAAUAAUUGAUACUUCCAAUUUUGAUACUUCUGCAGCUUUCUAGCUUACAUGCCAACUUUUUCACGCUUUGCCACUGGAAAUCAUUAUACUGAGAAAUAAAGUUAUUGAUGAUUUGAGUACCUAUUGAGUUGAGUGUGUUCAAGUAGUGAUGUAUCAAAUGAGAGAAUAUUUUUCUUAGUUGAUUUGAAUGGCAGGACAUUCAAACGACAAAAUAGGAUAUUUCAAGGACAUUAUUGUUGACAAUGGUUCAGCACGACCAUUUAGGUAAUGCAAACGACAAAUUUGAUUUCAUAUACGAGUAAUGACGAAAAAAGAAAUGUAAUCCGCCAAAUCCACGUCCAAAUAGAAUUUUGACGGUAAAAAAAUUGUUGUCUGGAAAAAUGAAUGAUCCCCGCCAAAAAAAAAAUUUCCAGAAAAAUGACUUAUUUUGUAAUAAGAAAAAUGUUUGUAAAAGUGAACAAAUAAACUUUAAGAAUGGGAAGUCCUUCAUUUUUGAAAAAAUUCCUUUUUCAAGUUAACUUCAAAAAAGUUUUGUUUUCCAAAAAAGCUUGAUUUCUUGCAGAAAAUGCUAAAAAAUUAUGAAA